AAUCCACCAUCGAUUGGAGCUUUGGCGUGACAAAAGCAAAAACACGUACUCCAGCCCUAACCACCUCUUCCCUCUUCAAAACAAGUUUUCAACUGUCAUCAUCUUCUAUUUUACUACGUCCAAUCCACAUGAUUUUUUAUUUCUAGGUACCAUUUUUGUGUUCUUUUGUCUGAAGAGCUUGUGCAAUUCUAUAGUAAUCUUCUCUAUUGGUGGACUACUAAGUUUUGCCCCACAGUUGCUUUUGUUUUCGAAGAGUUGUUUUGUUUGUUACACAUAACUUACAGAAGCAAGUAUGCAGAAGAGGAAGAGGGCUGAGGAACAAAGCCCAAACUUGACAAUUGGUAUAGAAGAAGAUAACGAUAUUAAGAAGGGUGAAAUUGCCUCAAAUGAUGUAUCUUUAUUUACCCCUUUGGUCUCUUCUCCAAAGAUUGUGAGAUCUCCGGCCAUAUUCAUCCUUGACAAUGCUUCUCUGAUAAAGGGUCUUGUUAGAAAGGAAUGGAAAAUUCUGAACUCAGACGAGGAUGCACAGUUUCUGCUGAAGCAAAAUAAAAAUCUAAAUGAUUAUCGGCCUGACAUAAUUCACGAGGCUCUCCGGUGCAUUCUAGAUAGCCCUCUUAAUAAAGCCGGCAUGGUAGAGGCAAUAUAUGUUAAAAUUGAUCAAGGAAGAUUGUUUGAAGUCAUGCCUCAUGUUCGUAUACCACGAACAUGCAGUCGAUUCUGUGGUGUCAUAUUGGAGUUGCUUCAAAAAUCUUCGGUGCGGGCCAAAGAUACAAAUGAAGUUCUACUUCGUGUUGUUGAGGAACCUGUAACGCGCCAUUUGCCUAUCAACUCUUACAUCGUAGGUCUCUCAUAUACGUCAGAAAAGUUGGUUGACAUAGAGGAAUAUGUCUCGGUUUGGAGCAAUGAUUUGAUUCCCGUUUUUGUGGUAGGCACAAUGGUGAAUGGGAAAGUAAAAGGGGACUAUAUUCAAGAUUAUAUUUCAGUUUCUGAAUAUCCACUUGCUACUAAAUACUGCCUAGGGAUGAUCUGUGAAGCUUUGGAGCAGAAAUGGAAGAUCUUUUGAACUAAUAUUAUAUAUUCAAUUAUAUAGUUAGCCAAAGUAGAAUCUUCUGUUUGGAGGAUGUUAGCUUUGUUUUAUAGGGUCUAUCUAGAACUUGUAAACAAAUUUCUUUUGCAUUGAAGCAGAAUGCCAGUAAAGGUGAUAUUUAUUCAAGUGAAACAGUUGAUGGUUUUUUAUCAGUAAUUCUUUGUGGGGCUC